GGGUCCUUUCCCUGCCACUCCUCGGCAACCCUGAUUGGUGCUGGAGGUCUCAGUUUCCUUUUCUUCCCCGGCAUUCGGUUUGCAAACCCUGCCCCGAGACGCGGGCGGCUGGCGAGCUGCAUUUGCGCUGCGAGGCGCAGGUGCAGCCGAGGCCGACAAGCUGAGCCUUAGGCCCCGCGCGACCAUAGAGUCCGGAAGUGCGGCCAGAGCAGCUCGCGGGGGCGCCGCACCGGGGGAACCCGGGACCAGGAGGGCAGCGCAGGAGCGGGCGGAAUGGCCGCAAUGCUGGCCAUGAAGGUGGUCACGGGGCUGGCGGCAGCGGCACUGGCGGCAGUGCUCUUGGAGCACUAUGGCCUGGCUGGUCAGCCCUCGCCGCUGCCCCAGCCCCGCGCCCCCCGGAGCCCGCACCCCGCUCCGGGCCCCGGAGCCAGCAACAUCUUCUGGGGUCUGCAGAUAUCCGACAUUCACCUGAGCAGGUUUCGCGAUCCAGGCAGAGCUGUAGACUUAGAGAAGUUCUGUUCAGAAACUAUUGGCAUCAUUCAACCAGCUCUCGUCCUGGCAACAGGAGAUCUCACUGAUGCCAAAACAAAGGAACAGUUUGGAUCCAGGCAGCAUGAGGUAGAAUGGCAAACUUACCAUGGUAUUCUGAAGAAGACAAGGGUCUUGGAAAAAACCAAGUGGCUUGAUAUCAAAGGAAAUCAUGAUGUAUUCAACAUUGCAAGUCUGGAAAGUGUCGAGAAUUAUUACAGGAAAUAUUCUGCCGUACGUAGGGAUGGCUCUUUCCAUUAUGUCCACAGUACUCCCUUUGGCAACUAUUCUUUCAUCUCUUUGGAUGCCACCCAAAAUCCAGGGCCCAAGAGACCCUAUAAUUUCUUUGGAAUUUUAGAUGAGAAACGGAUGGAGGAACUUCUAUUACUCGUUAAGGAAAGUACUCGGAGCAACCACAGUAUUUGGUUCGGACACUAUACAACAUCCACUAUCCUUUCUCCAUCACCAGGAAUUCGGUCAAUAAUGAGUUCAGCUACAGCGUAUUUGUGUGGGCACCUCCAUACACUAGGCGGACUGAUGCCUGUUUUGCACACUCGUCACCUCCAGGGCACUUUGGAACUUGAGGUGGGAGACUGGAAGGAUAACAGAAGGUACCGGAUCUUUGCCUUUGAUCAUGACCUCUUUAGCUUUGCAGAUUUGAUCUUUGGCGACUGGCCUGUGGUUCUUAUCACUAAUCCUAAGUCACUCCUAUAUAGUUGUGCUACACAUGAACCACUAGAAAGACUCCUUCAUUCAACACACAUCAGGAACCACCAUACAGUUUUCCAUAGCGGCUGUACCAUUUUACAUUCCCACCAGCAGUGCAUAAGAGUCUUGGCCUUUUCCUUAUCCUCCAUUACUUCUGUCACAGUUAAGAUUGAUGGAAUUCAUUUAGGGCAAGCUAUUCAUUUGUCUGGUCCUAUUUUCAUACUGAAGUGGAACCCAAGAAACUACAGUAAUGGGACACAUAACAUAGAAGUAAUUGUCCAGGAUUCUGCUGGGAGAAGUAAGAGUGUUCACCAUAUAUUUUCUCUUCAAGAGGAUAUUCAUCUCAGAUUUGAUCCCCUGGCAUCAUUUAUUCUCCUUACUGACCAUGGCAUCGUGGCCCGGGUCCUUUUUGUGAUGAUUGUGUUGGUCCAGCUCACCAUUCUCAUUACUUUUAGGUGUCAAGGAUAUCCAGAGCAUAAAGGGUCUCCAGGAUUUAUAAAUUUGGCCUCAUUUUCCCUCCACGUCUUGAGCAAACUAAACAUCUUCUACUAUUCUGUGUUGUUGCUAACCCUAUAUACAGCACUGGGACCAUGGUUUAUUGGUGAAAUCAUUGAAGGCAAGUUGGGUUGCUGCUUUUCCUUUGGGAUCUUUGUUGAUGGACAUUUCCUACAAGGCAGCCUAACAUUUAUAGUUGGAAUUCUGCAGCUGGCAUUUUUUAACAUCCCCUUGAUGGUUUACCUGUGUUGGAGCUUGUUGCAGCGGUGCUUUGGUCACAACUUUCAGUCCCAUCUCCGUCAAGGCAAAUACUUGAAGGUUAUACCUAUUCACCUACUUAUGUUACUGCUGUACAUCUGGCAGAUCUAUUCCUGCUAUUUUCUUCAUAUGACAUAUGGCACUCUAGCUUUUUUCUUCUCCCCUUUGCGGACCUGGUUGACACUGUUAACACCUGUUAUCAUUCGUUGUGUGUGGACACUGAACUCUACCCAGCUUGGAACCUUCAUAGCGCAGUUAAAAAGCCACUUAAGCUCCUAAAGGCCAUGCCUCACCAUCUGCCUCUGUAGCCCAGGCCCCUGGCCCAGCAGCAGGCAGAAGGCCAGUGUUGGUGGGCAGGCUUCAGGGAGUUGCUGCACCUUGGACACCUGGGAGUUGGGGAGGAUUACCCACUACUGAUUCCUGCAGAAUGGACUGCAGAAAAAUCUCUAAAUAAUGCCAUGAUUCCUUCCUUCUCCAAGAAGGCAAAGAGUUGAUUUACUUUUGUGAAGAGAAAGUCCUAAUCAGGAGAUCCACAGGGCAGGGGCUGGGUGUGUGAAUGGUUGUAUCAGAAGCCCACUGUAUUUUUUACGGUUACUUCACGUAAAGUACCUAGCACAGUGUGUGGAACUCCGCAGCUGUGAAGGGUACCACUUUAGGGGCAGGGAACCAGUGUGAACUUGGGCCCUACCUUGACUACCCUUGAGGUACUAGCUCCCAGUCUUCUUUUCCCUCGAGGUUAUGGGCUCUCUGCUUCUUUAGGUGGUUUUUUCUUUUUUUUUUUUUUUUCAAUCUAAUCAAAUAAAUGAAUGAUGGGUAAUAACUC